CACCACAUCAUCUAAACGCGAUUGUAAUAAUCUCUAUAAUUGAAGAAUCCGAAAGAAUAAAUCUCAACAAAGUUAAUCCUCAAAUUUCUAAAAAAUAUUCUAAAUUUGUUCCCUGAUAUAUAUAAUUCAGAAAAAAAAUCUAUAGAUCUCUAUAACUUUUUCUGAAUUAUUUCGACUUUCGUUUUUUGGAUUUUUAAUCAAUAAUUUUGAAAGUUUGGUUUUCUGGGGCUAGGAUUUUGAUUUUGGUCGAUUAUGAACGAAAAAGGAUUGAUGAUGAAUCAACAACAACAAGUGAUGAUGAGUAUGAGUCAAUCUCAGAUCAUGAAUCCACAUCUUCAACAACAACUGAUGCAACAGCAGCAACCAUCAAUGAUGAAUCGGAGCUAUGGGAUUUGGCCGCCGACAAUGACAAUUGAUCAGAUGAAGUUUCAGAACCCUAAUGUUAUGAAGGGCCAUGGAUUUGUUGCUGGAGGAAAGCAGUUGAAAAACUUAGGACCUAGGAACAAUUGGAAGGGUAAAAAGGGAAAUAAGAAUGAUAAGAGGAUGGAUAGUGGGAGGAGAAAAGAAAAGGCUAUAAUGGCUUCUGGGUAUCUGAAUGGUGAUGGAAAUGUUGGAGGAUUUGGUGGUGGAUAUAAGCCACCAACACUUAAUGAAUUGCAAAAUCAGAAUAGAUUAAAGGCCAGGAGAUUUUUCCCUAAGAAGAAAUUUUAUCAUAAUAAUAAUAACAAUAAUAUGGGUGCCCCUUUUGCUCCCAGGAACACGACGUCAUUUAUUAUUAGAGCAAAGAAGAGUGGUGGUAUUGCCUCAUUGGUGUCACCCUGUCCCGUGACUCCGGCAGUGUUGCCAACCCCAAAUUUCUCUCCGUCGAGGGAGGUAUUGGUGGAUAUGGCGAAGGAGGAGUGGGGGGUUGAUGGGUAUGGAUCGAUGAAGGGUUUGAUUAGAUUGAGAUCACCAGGACAUGAGAUGGAAUUGCACGAGGAAGAAGAGGAAGAAGAGGGUGGAGGAUCAAGCGAGAGUGAUGUGGAAGAACAUGUGGAGGUAGAAAGGCGAUUGGAUCAUGACUUGAGCCGGUUCGAGAUGAUUUACCCGAAUUCUAGUGGUGUGGAGUAUAACAAUGUUUUGGAGAACCGUGUGGAUGAUCAGGAUUCACAUAUUGCUCAGUUGGAGGAAGAGAAUUUGAUAUUGAAGGAGAGGCUGUUCUUGAUGGAGAGAGAGUUUGGUGAUUUGAAGAGGAGGCUGCAAAGUCUUGAGAGGCAGGGCUGUGGAUUUGACGAGAUUAAUGAGGAGGUAGUGGAGAAUGAGUCUGAGGAGAGUGAAAGCCAUGGAGAGUCCGAUUCUGCAGAAGAACAUAAUGUGGAAUUCCUUGAACAGAACAUGGAAGGAGGAGACAGGGAUGUGAAAGCGGAGGAAGACAAGGCACAUGAUGGGGAUAUUGAAUCUGCACAGGAGGAGAAAGUGGAGGGACAUGAAGAAUUUAUUCUUACUCUGCAUGAUGAACCUCCUAAAAACGAAAGCAUUGCACAUGCUGGUAUUAAGUGUGAAAGAAACGAGGAUGCGGAUGUGAGGGAUGAGAACAAGGUUGAGGUUACUCAAAAGAAAUGAAGAUGAUAAAAACAACAUUGAGUCAUCAGAUAAUGCAGGCGUAGGAGAUGAAACGAUGGAGGAAGCUUCUCUACCUGAUGCUGAAGCUGUUGUGCAGACAAAUACAGAAGAUGAAGAACCAGGAAAUGAAUGAUCAGAGAAGAGUAUUUACUAUGGUGACUUGUCUAAGUUUACCUCAGUAAUGUAAGUCUCUUUUCUGUGUUCUUUCUUGCAAUUUCGCUGACAUUUCAUCUGGAGUUAGAGUACAUAAACUUUAGCCUUCCUUUUGGCAACAUCUAGAGAAAUAAUGUUCUGUAUGCUGUGAUUGCAGACCUUCUACAAGUGCACAGGAUGUAGCAUUAUUGCGUAAUUUGUCAUUUUCUGCUUUCUUUUUUUUAUAUUUUCUUUUUUCCAAAAUUAUGUUUUUUUGGAGCUGUUUGUAUGAAGUAAAUUAGUUUUGAGUCUUCCUCAUUACAUCAUAUCAGACUGUAAUAAUCGUUGAAGUAACUUUGGAGUUUUUCAUAUAAACUGUUUCAUAUGCUGUUAAUCAUUCUGCAUAUCUUUAACCUGGGCGUCUGGCAAAGAUGUGUCUCUUCUGGGUAAUUUCAACCGUGCAUCUUAUGAAUUUUUAAAGUGCGAGUUGCAGUGCUUGCGUAUCAGUUUAAGUUUUGCAGGUCUGUGCUUCUUUGCUCGAGGAAGUCAACCUUUACUUGCCUCCAGGCCCUUGAGAUGGUUGGCAGCUUCUCUCACAGGAGAAUAGAUUGUCUUUGCUGUAACCUAAAUUUGCUGCCUGUCUUAAACUUCUCUUAGUAGUUCCGACAAAAAAAUACUUCUUUUUUGUAGUGUAAUUACUGUUAAUAGUUACACUAGAAAUAUUUGCUGUUUUCUAGCUCUCUAACUGACUACCACGAAGUUCUGUUUGAAAAGUAAGAAAUCAAUGAUUAAAGAUGGAGCAAGAUCAAUCUACAGGAGCCCGUGGAUAGUUACAAGUGUUCUACGCAGCUAUAUCUGGCAACUUGCUUCAGAUGAGAAUUUGAACAUCCCUUCUACCAGAAGUGAAAGUAAUUAGCUUCCUCGGGUUACUUUGAUGGUUAGAGUAGGUGACAAAAAUCCUAUGUUGCGCUGACUUUCCAAAAUGUUGCCGCACCCGUGUCGAAUCCUCCAAAACUAUACUACUUUUGAAGGAUCCGACACGCAUCCGGCAACAUAACAAAAAUCAAUGUACUUCAGCAGCUACUCCAAGUUCCCUCUCUUCUUUUUUUUUUUUUUUUUUUU